UGCUUCUACUUCUACUACUUCAACCGAAAAUUCCCGCUAUUCUCAAAACUGAUAAACAGUGAAGAAGCUUCUUCCUCUAUCUUGCACCUGCAUUUCCAUUUCCACACACUCUUCUUCUUCUUCUUCUUCUUCUUCUUCUUCAAUUCUUCACAAUCACCUCACGCUUUCAUCUUCAAUGGAAACCCAAACCCAGCAAAACCCAUAACAACCAACCAACAAUGGAAGCUAAUCGAACACGAAACCGCACUCGCAGAAGAAACCCACUCUCCGAUCGCACCAACCUUCCCUCUUCCACCGUUCCCAUCAAACCCACCACCAAACCCAACCCUCUUCCUCUUCCUCUCUCUUCUUCUUCAUCAACCUCUUCUACUGUACUCAUCAAACCUCCCACCAAACGCGCCAAUGCUACCACGAUUCCCGAUGCUGCCUCAAACCCUAGCUCCCCUCCUCCGCCCGUUCCUUCCACCCCUGUGCUCAAAUCAUCGUCUAUUCACGGGACUGUUGUUCUUGUUGAUCAUGAAGCUGCUUCUGAGAGUCACACGCCUAUCUCAAUAACCUACAGCCGUUCAAAUAAAAGGAAGGGUAAAGGGAAGGAUGUGGCUGUUCCUGAGAGUCGUGCGCCUGAUUUGAACGUCUCUAGUAGUAGGAAGGAUAAAGGGAAGGCAGUGGCCAUUCCUGUUAGUCGCACGCCUGAUUUUACGGUUUCUGAUCAUAGGAAGGAUAAAGGGAAGGCAUUGGCCAUUCCUGUAAGUCGCACGCCUGAUUUGAAGGUCUACAAUAAUAGAGAAGGUGUGAAUCUAUCCAAGGCCAAGGCAUGGACAGUUCCUUGUAGAAAGAAACAGCGUUCUGUACCAUCUGCUGAAGAUAUGUUCAAGGAUCCCCUGCUGCAAGAAUUUAUCGAAAAACAAAAAGCUUACUUUAAAGCAGUUGAUGAAUUUGAACUGCCAGAGGAGGAAGUUGAAUCUGAUGACCAGCUAGAUUAACUGAAAGAGAUGCAAUAAAAAUAUAAAUAGCGGCCUGAAACCUUGUCUUCAUAGGUUGUAUAGUUAUGAUAUCAUAGCUUUCACAAUGAAUUUUACUACCUUAGUGCCACCUCUCUUACCAAAUACGUAAGUGCAAGUUCUUAGUUUUGAAAUUGUUUAACACGUCUACAGUUGUCCUAAGAAAUUCUGAUUUCACUUGUAAAUUCCUAGUUGGAGUGUGGUAGUAGUAUUCUUACAGUUCAUGAAUUUGUGUUUUUAAAAGCCUUGAUUUGUUUUACACUGAAGAUUCUUCAGAAAUCUUAUUGGGCCGAUGCAGAGAGAAAAAAAGGUUUCGGAUGCA